GUUGCACUGUGGCCAAUUAGGUUCUGUCUUCUGCUUCCUAGGUGGUGAGCAAUGGGCGACUGGAGUUUCCUGGGAAACAUCUUGGAGGAGGUGAACGAACACUCCACCGUCAUCGGCAGGGUUUGGCUCACAGUGCUUUUCAUCUUCCGCAUCCUCAUCCUUGGCACCGCAGCCGAGUUUGUGUGGGGCGAUGAGCAAUCUGAUUUUGUUUGCAACACCCAGCAGCCAGGCUGUGAGAAUGUCUGCUACGAUGAGGCCUUCCCCAUCUCCCACAUCCGCCUCUGGGUCCUGCAGAUCAUCUUCGUCUCUACUCCAUCACUAAUGUACGUGGGACACGCUGUACACCAUGUCCGCAUGGAGGAGAAGCGGAAGGACCGCGAAGCUGAAGAGCUGUGUCAGCAGUCCCGCAACAACGGGGGUGAGAGGGUACCAAUCGCCCCAGACCAGGCCAGCAUCAGGAAGAGCAGCAGCAGUAGCAAAGGUACCAAGAAGUUCCGGCUGGAGGGCACACUGCUAAGGACCUAUGUCUGCCACAUCAUCUUCAAGACCCUCUUUGAGGUGGGCUUCAUUGUGGGCCAUUACUUCCUCUAUGGUUUCCGCAUCCUGCCCCUCUAUCAAUGCAGCCGGUGGCCAUGCCCCAAUGUGGUGGACUGCUUUGUGUCUCGGCCAACUGAGAAAACCAUCUUCAUCCUGUUCAUGCUGUCGGUCGCUUUUGUGUCCCUCUUCCUCAACAUCAUGGAGAUGAGCCAUCUGGGCCUGAAGGGAAUCAGGUCUGCUUUCAAGAGGCCUGUAGAGCAACCCCUGGGGGAGAUUGCUGAGAAGUCCCUCCACUCCAUUGCAGUUUCUUCUAUCCAGAAAGCCAAGGGCUACCAGCUCUUAGAAGAAGAGAAGAUCGUGUCACACUAUUUCCCUUUGACGGAGGUUGAAAUGGUGGAGACCGGCCCACUUUCAGCCAAGCCUUUCAGUCAGUUUGAGGAGAAGAUCGGCACAGGACCCCUGGCAGAUAUGUCUCGGGGCUACCAGGAAACCCUGCCUUCUUAUGCUCAAGUUGGGGCCCAGGAAGUGGAGGGGGAAGAGCAGCUCAUAGAGGAGGCUGCAGAACCGGAAGUGGGAGAGAAGAAGCAGGAAGCAGAGAAGCUGACCCCAGAAGUGCAGGAGACAGUUGCAGUGCCUGAUGGGCAGAAAGUAGAGACUCCAGGAGUAGGGAAGGACGGUGAGAAAGAAGAGCCCCAAGCUGAAAAGGUAACCAAACAAGGGCUGCCAGUGGAGAAGGCGCCUUCACUCUGUCCAGAGCUGACAACCGACGACAACAGACCCUUGAGCAGGUUGAGCAAAGCCAGCAGCAGGGCCAGGUCCGACGAUCUCACCAUAUGA